UUAUUCGAUAUAUCAGUCAACACAUCAUAGAUCAGCUAGGAGAAGUAUCAGGUUCCCUGCUUCCGGCAGACUCAUCCAGAAGAGAGGAAGGGACUGAUAUCUUUCGCUUCUAUUUUGGUGCGAUCUCUCACUCUCCUUCUGGGUAUCACGGAAUCAUGAUCUAUGUUGAUGGGGUUCCAUUUUCUACCAUUUCUUCUGAGGAAAGUGAUACAUUGGCAGCUUUGAUGGAACACCCUUUGUUGGUGUCUGCCUCCCGUGCAUUGAAGGCAAAGCAGGAGAUGAAGUUCUCUGUCUCUGAGGAGUCAGGUUCACAAAGAUCAAUGCAGAGUCGGUGGGUGUACAUUUUCCAAAGAGAAUACGCAACUGUUGACCCUGCACUUGUAGAUUUUGUUGGCACCGAUGAAGCAACCACUUGUGUGGGCCUUGUUAUUCGCAGCCAGAAAAAUGGAAUGGUGUCUGUUGCCCAUAUGGAUUCUCCAAAAAUUGUUGAUACUGGCCUUAACCAGAUGUUGUCACUUCUGGUUGAUCAAAAUUUUGACCUCAACUUGGAUGUUCACAUGAUUGGUGGUUUUGAAGAUGUUACCCUCAAACGAGCUAAUGGCACCACCUGGUCUGAAAGCCAUGAAAAAUUAGAUGGUUAUUCUUUUCCACUAUGCACAAAAAUAAUUGAUUCUCUGGUGAAGAGACGAGAAAAGUUUCACAUUAGAACUCUUUUUGUCCUUAGCCAUAACACCAAGAGAGAUUCUCAAGGGAAUGCAUACCCAAUCUUCAAUGGUUUCUUGGUUGAAACGUCCACUGGAUCUCUGAAUCCAGCCAGUUUUGAGAGAAGUACAAGGUGUCCAGAUGAAAUUGUCAGACGACUUCGAGUAAGUGCAUCCAAUGAAGACCCCACUUGGAAUGGCAAGUUGCUGGAGACAUAUGAUACUCGAGCUGAUCGAUUUGUGAUUGCUCCAUGUUGUUGGACCUCAUAUCAAUUAUACAUUGCUUUGCAACUGCAACAACUUUCUGAUGCGGAUAUCCUUCUUACAUGUUCUACUUCACCAGCUGCAGAAGGUCCAGAUUUUGUGGAUAAUGAAAGAAGGCUGUGGGAAUACAUUAUCAAACAUCCAGAUUGGCAAUAUACUUUUCCUCUGAGGCAGCCACGCAUCUUUAAGAGGACUGCUGAUGGAGGCUGGAAGAGGUGCUUGCUAACAACAGGGGAUUCUUCUCAAGAACCUGAAGCUAAAACUUCAUUGCAAAUGGCCUAAAUCUGAUGGAAGAAGUACAUGCUUCUACUCUCCACUGAGUGCUUUAUGAUCAGGUAAAUGUGAAAUCCUCAAUUAUUUGAAGACAUGCUUUUAUUAGGCCAUGGCAACUCAGUUUGCAGUGCUUGUGAUUAUUGCCUGCAAAACUAGUGUGUAAUUGGUAGAUUUUUUUAUAUCCCAUGUGAUGGGCAUGGUGCAUGUAAGAAUUUCUUGUACUUGUGUUUAUGUAAACAUGUUUGUCCUUCAUUUGAAAGGGAAGCUGGAUGUGAAGGAUCCCACGUCGGCAAGUUUCUCCCACAAAUCAAUAAUAGAGCUUUUCCUUAACUUCAACCAAAUGUGGUAGCUGGCAAAUUUAACAGUGAAAAGCUCAGUACCAAUGAAAACCAACUAUCCGUGUAGUUCAAGUUUAGCCACCCAACUCUCUGGUGUAGGGUUUCCAUCCUAGCAAGUGUAAUUUCUCAUGUUUUUUCCUACCAUUUCCAUCAAGUUCUGUAAUGACAGAGGUCACUCUUCAAAGCAAAAAACUUCCUUUUCAAUUGUAGGCCUCCCUCUCCUAUCCUGAUUCAUAACUGGAGAAAAGAAAUACCUCAAUUUAACCUUGAAUAUCAUCUUUAAAAUGGUUCCUUCCUUAAAGAUCUCAAUUCAUCAUGACAACUUGAUUUGGCUCUUCUUUCACUACUCAGGUGUACUAUGAUUAGAUGUUAACUAUUGAUCAUGGUGGAAUUACAUGGGAUCCACCAUGAUCAAUGACUAUAAUACAACCCUUGUAUAUGCAAGGGUUGCAUUGUAAAAUUUCUCCCAGAUGAGAGGAUGAAGAAAGUUACUUGACCAGUUCUAAGGUGGUGGCGAUGUUUUAAGGGUUGGAGUUGAAUGCAGGAAGGCAGUAGUGGUAGUAAGAUUUCGGUGUACUGUGAAGUUUCAAGACUAAUGAGAUGCCUUAAGUGGUUUUUGAACAAGAUUGCACGGCGGGAAAUGGCAAGAAGUGGAACCCAGUGAAGACUGAUGAUGUGGCUGAGACGUGUUUGGCGGUAAAGAGAUAAGAGAGGAAAAUUCUUAAUAUUUGAAAUAUAUACUUCAUUGCUAUACCUCAUGCAUUUAUUUAUUUAUUUAUUUUUAAAUUUUAAGGUAAGGGAUGAUUUCAAUUAUUUAAUUAGUCAUUAUUAAUGGUAAGUGAUGAGUUAUAGAAUAAAGUUGAUGAUGAGCUGGUUUUGCUUGCGU